CUCAGUUUUUACAAGCACUGCGCCACGAGUAGUGAAAAUCUGAGGGUUUUGCGGUGGAUCAGGAAAAAGAAACAUAUCUGGAAGCAAUUUUUCUCUUGAUUGUUUGCAAAAUAUAUUCUUCAUUUUCGUAUUUGAGCGCCGCGUGGUGUUUGGCGGAGUUUUCUGCGGAGGGUGAGCUUGAUGUGGGGUGGUUGGCAGGCUUAAAGUGAAAGUGAACACUCGAGUGAUUGGAGAAAGUGAGGGUUUGGGUCAAAAGUUGCUUGCUGUAUGAAAUUCAAUGUCGUUAAUUGCGAUAUUGUUUGCCCUAUUUGAGGCUAGCUAUGGCUCUCUUCUGGGGGAAAAGUCUGUGCCGAAGCCGGAAUCAGACCAACAAGAUGAUGCCUCAAGUGCAGAUAUUGACAUCGACUUGGACUUGCCAGACGGUGCAACAUUAAUUAAGCUCCAUGGAACGUUCAUGGUUAUUGCUUGGCUCGGGACGACAUCAAUGGGGAUUCUAAUUUCCAGGUACUUCAAACGAACGUGGGUGAAUCGUCAGAUUUUUGGCACAGAAGCUUGGUUCUUCUGGCAUCGUUGUUGCAUGCUCUUCACAUGGACCUUCACUCUGAUCGCCUUCAUUAUGAUCUUCAUUGACGUAGACGGAUGGUCUUAUGACGAGGCACCCCAUGCCAUCCUGGGCACCAUAACCACUAUCCUCUGCUUCUUUCAUCCCAUUCUGGCCAUGUUUCGACCGAAUCCGGGUGACGAGAAACGCAAGUACUUCAACUGGGGUCAUUGGUUUGGUGGCAACCUUGCUCACAUCCUAGCCAUGGUGACAAUUUUCUUAUCAAUCACCGUGAAAAAAGCUCAGCUUCCCGUUUGGAUGUAUGCUAUCUUAUCACUGGUCGUCUUGGCCUACGUCACGGCUCAUGUGUAUUUUACGGUUCUCCUCCGAAAAGCCCAACAGCACGGUGCCUAUGCGAAUCGCAAUAUCGACGCUCCAUACUCAACGUGGCGAAAACGAGGACUUUUGAUCUUUGGCCUCAUAUUUUUGUGCUUUGUCGUCGCUAUCGCCACCAUCAUCAUUCUUGCUCCAAUUGGCAAUGGAGGUACACCUGAGGAUCAGACCGAGAAUGUAUGACUGAAUUAAAUGCACUCUAUAUUGUAUAUACUAUGUCUUAGAAAUUAAUAAAGAAACUGUACCUUGAUA